CCCACGUGAGAUCGAGAAGAUGGUAUAUUCCAUGGACUGUCAAACGGUGGCUCUUCAGUCACUAUAUCUAGUUCUCAUGUAGGCGGGGGAAAGCUGAGAGUCCUAAUCCACGAGCUGUUACAGAGCCGGCGCUGUGAGGCCAUGGCGUAUCACUAGUACAAAACCCUGUUAUCAAUAUUCUAUUGCGCUUAACCUUGCGGCCUUGGUUCUCUCCUCCCUACUUUACCCCUGGCCAAUCCUCCUCGCUUCUAGCUAGGUCACGUGGGAAGCAAGUAGCGACCAAUCCGGCUCCGGUCGUUGAGGGCUGUGUGACUGGAGGAGGGGAGAGACCCUGUAGGAAAGAGAGAGGGGUGUGAGCGCUGCUGUUCGGAGGCGAUAGUCAGGCUUGUAUAUCCCUUGUUUUCAAACCGUGGCCGCUCGAUGCCUGACUGACGGCGGAGAACACUGGCUCGAGGGACGUUCGAAUAAGAGGGUGACUUGACAAGGCGCGCGAACUGGAGCACACUGACCCCCUAUAAGGCUAACGUGAGGCGCUUUUAGCAGAACAAAAAAUUAGGGAUAUCUCAACAGAACAAAAAAUGAGGGAGGAAACUGGGAUCUAAGUUUGAAUCUUUUGCCAAAAAAUGUGCACGAUGUUCCAAUUGAUCAGCAGAGUGGAAAGCUAACAAUAAUAAGAUGCCCAAAACAUUAUCCUCAAAAGCAACCCCAAGUGAGAAUUCGGAUAGCGACUGCAACAUCAUGGUUGAAAAACCAACGGGACGAAAGAAUAAGGAGAAAAUAUCGUCCUUCAAUAGAACACCUAAACUGGAUAGGAGUGAUAUUAGCAAAGAAAUGAAGGAAAAAUCUUCAAUGAAACGCAAGCUUCCUUUCACUCUCAGCCCAACCAGAACUGAAGACCGGGAUUCUGACACUGAGAAAGAAGGACCAGAGAAGAAGAAAAUAAAAAGAGAAUCAGGAAGCAAGAAAUCCACUCCAGUUAACAUUCUUUUUGGUUAUCCUUUAUCUGAACGCAAGCAGAUGGCACUUCUAAUGCAAAUGACAGCCAGAGACAAUAGCCCAGAUUCUACUCCAAAUCAUCCUUCCCAGGCAACACCAACUCAGAAGAAAACGCCAUCAUCCUCUACCCGGCAAAAAGACAAAGUUAAUAAAAGAAAUGAACGGGGAGAAACCCCCUUACAUAUGGCAGCCAUACGCGGAGACAUAAGCCAAGUGAAAGAGUUGAUUUGUAUGGGUGCAAAUGUCAAUGUUAAAGAUUUUGCAGGUUGGACUCCUCUUCAUGAAGCUUGUAACAUGGGUUAUUAUGAUGUUGCAAAAGUCUUGAUAGCAGCUGGAGCAGAUGUUAAUACGCAAGGACUGGAUGAUGAUACGCCUCUUCAUGAUGCAGCUAGCAGCGGCCAUAGAGAUAUUGUGAAAUUGCUGUUACGACAUGGUGGCAAUGCAUUCCAAGCCAACAAACAUGGAGCACGUCCUGUUGAUGUAGCUGAAACAGAAGAAUUAGAGCAGCUUUUAAAGAGGGAGGUGCCAAUCUCUGAUGAUGAUGAAAGCUAUGCAGAUUCAGAAGAGCCACAGUUUAAUAAUCUGUCAAGCGUGGAUGAAAACUUAGACUCAGAGGGAGAAAAGGAAUCUUUGAUCAAUGAAAGCAAACAUGUUGCAAUUAAGGGAACACCUUGCACUUCAGGACUUGAUGAGUAUGAAUUUAAAGAUGAUGAGGAUGAUGACGAUGAACCAGAAAUAAGCAAGAUGUUUGAUAAGCAUAUGCUUAGGAAUGACAUUAAAAAUGAAAACACUGAAGCAAGGACUAAUGACAGUUUCUUUAUAAAGCAGGAGAAAGUUGACUUUCCUAAAAUGUACAAAAACCGGAAACCAAAGCCAUCUCGCCUGUUAUUCUCCAGUUCUGAUAGUUCCGAUGAUGAUUUGCUUCCAGAUAAAGGUAGUUUGAUGUCUGACAGUCUCAGUUCUGAUAUCAGACCUAAGAAGGAGUAUAGUGCUUUACAUGAACAGAAAGAAAAGGGGAAAGUCAGAAGGAAAUUAAAGAAUCAAAGCAAAAAUAAAGAAAAUCAGCAAUUAAAACAAGAAAGAGAUAAGAAAGAAAAUAUGAAAGUAAUAAAUAUGGUGGUGUGCCCUAGCAUAGACUCCUUGGACAAGUCCAAAGAAGAGGACAUGUUUCGAAAAUCACUUUGUACAAAGGAAGAACCAUCCUUACAAUUAUUUCAGAUCGCUCCUGGCAAAUCACCCAAACACACUUAUACAUUUAUUGACAAGCAGUCAAUACCUCUAAAGCAGGAAAACACUAAAAUGUGUGUUUCGCCCCCUGGAGGAUCAGAAUCAUCACUGCAGACUGAUUUGUUCCGAUAUGCUCAAAGUACUGAUGCUGAAUAUGCAAUUGAAAGUUCUAGUUCUUCAUUCUCCAAAUAUAAAGAAAAGAGUAAACAUCUGAAGGAGUGUUUUAUUGAGUAUACAGAUAAGUCUAUCUUAAAAUGUAAAGAAGAAGGUAAAAGUCCAUCAUUUGAAGCCUCAGAGUGUAUGCCAAAAAAAUCUGACAAGGAGGGUAAAAUAGUAAAAAAACACAAAAUUAAACAUAAAGAAAAGGAAAAAGAAAAGUCCAGAAAAGAUCCAGAUGAAAAUGACAGAACCAAGCAUACAGGAAACAAUAGAAACAUUCAAAGACAAAUAGAAUUUGACAGAGAAUUCUGGAAAGAAAACUUUUUUAAAAGUGAUGAAAAUGAUGAGGAGUUUUUAAUUAUGGAUUCAAAGAACACCUUAUCUGAGAAAAAAGUGAAACUGGAAAAAUCACCAGCAAAGGAAGACCAUUUAGACAGAGAGAAUCACAUCUUGCUAGAAAAUGUUAAGGAUGGAGAAGAGGAGCCAUCAAAAUUGGAUCAAGAAAACACUCAAAAAGAAGAAAAGGGAAAAGAUUGUAAUAGUGAUGCAAACGGUCUUCAUUUGGUAAAAGAAAAAGAGACUAAAUUUGUCCCAUUAAAUAUAUCUGUAAAAGAAGAGUCAUUACAAAUUGAUAAAGAGACAGAUGCAGAAAAAGCAUUUAAGGAAGGGAAAGAAAAAAGUGAAAAACGAUCUGCGCUAAAGGAGAGGGACUUAGAAAAGAAAAGCACUGAUAAAGAGAAGAAGGCAAAAUCAGAUCACAAAUCUGAAAGAGAAAAAGUAGAAAUGCCAGAAAAUACAGACAAAUCUAAAUCACACCUGCAAUCCCCAGAUAAGCUUCAAAAGGAAAGCGAUAAAAUUAGGACUUCAGCUGUCGGCAAAAAAAACGAUGACAAAUCCAAAGACAGAAAAGACCGGAAUGAAAAGGACAAGCAUCUUGGAGAGCACAAACUUUGCACAGAUAGAAAACCCAAGCAUGCUGAAAAAGAUUCAGAAUCAAGCAGAGCAGAUAAAACUAAACGUAGAGAGAAGGAAUUCAGAAAGAAAUCAAGGGAAGUAGACUAUUAUGCUGGUGCAAGCGACAAGCAUGUUCAAGAAGAGCGCAAACAAAGUGGUAACACUGAUGGCAGUAAAAUACUUCAUGAAAAGCCUGCUGUAGUAAAGGAAAAGCUAAAAGAGGAGCAGCAAAAGGUUCCCGAACAUAAAGAAAAGGACAGGAAAGACAAGGAAAAAGACAUUGAUCGAUAUAAAGAAAGGGACAAGCAUAAAGACAAAACACAGACAAAUAUUCCAAAGUUGAAACCUAAAGAUUCUGAAGCAGAAAAAUGCAAAUCUAAAUUGCAGUCCUCAAAAGACACCAGGCCAAAAGAAAAAAGGCUGGUCAAUGAUGAUCUCAUGAAAACUAGUUUUGAAAGGAUGCUAAGCCUCAAAGACCUUGAAAUAGAACAGUGGCACAAGAAGCAUAAAGAAAAAAUAAAACAAAAGGAAAGACUAAGGCACCGGAAUAGUGUAGAACUUACUAAAAUAAAAGAAAAAAUAAAACAUUCACCAACUCCAUCCAAAAAUAAAGAGCUAACAAGAUCAAAAAGUUCUGAACUAUCCGAUGUAUACACAAAAGAGAAAUCACUGAAAGAGGCCACAAGUUGCAGAUCCAAUUCAGUUGAUGCAAAGAACUUGACCGCUUCAGGGAAGACCCUUUUAAUUUUAGAAAAUAGUAAUAUAACAAGGUCGCCUAGAUCAGAGAGUGAAAAAACAGGCCUAUGCUCGCGGUCUGUAUCUAUGAUUUCUGUUGCUAGCUCGGAGGAAUCUUGUCAUGCAUCUGUGACUACACCAAGGCCUACAACAGAAUAUGACUCGGACUUUGCUUUAGAAGGAUCUGACUCCCAAAUGGCCUUUUCACAGUCUCCAUUUUUACCUACUGCCAAGUCACCAGCCACACAUGACAGAGAUUUAGACAGCAUUGCAGAGUUGCCUGAUCGAGUUAAACCACUUGUGACAAAUAGACUUCUACCAGGUUAUUUCAGGUCAGCGUCUGUAGAGGAUGUAAAAUUGGCGAUCGGUGAAUGCAGGCCAGUUGUAGAAGUACGGAGGUGCAGUAUGCCCGCUGCCUUGGUUGAUCAAGUAAAGCCCACACAAAUGUUGGAAAAUAAUAUACCAGAAGUGCCAUCCUCUGUAAAAAUGACACCAAAUAGGUGUGUUUCUCCAAAACCAGAAGUAUUGCCUGCAUCGGAGAAGGACACACAUAAUAGCACUUAUCUACCUGUAAGUUGUAAAAAAUCUUUAUCGUUUAGCAAACAUGCUUUGGAUGAAAGUUUCAUUAGUCCAUCAACACAGGCUUCUGAGGGAAGUUGUCUUCAAAGUGGGACUGAGUCACCUGUAACACAGAUUGCCACCCCUGUUGCUUUUGAAUGUGAACAUGCAAAGUUGUCUUGCAGUGAAAAUGAUGCUCCAGUCCUUUCAGAAAACCAACCAUGUCAAGAAAUGUUAAGUUCCAGAGAAGAAAACACACCUCCUGUAAUUCAGCAAUGCCCUGUUUUGCCUCCACAAACACAAAGUAAUUUUGUUGUAAAUACCACAGUGUCAGACCCACUCUGCUUCUCAAACACCGACCCACCAAUCCAUUAUAAACAAGUACACGCUAAUGUAAAGGAAGAGCAAAGUCAUUGUGCCAACUCUAGCUUUGUCAAGGCAGGUGAGACUGUAUCUGAAGUUAAACUCAUUCAAACAGAAGACAGAUCUUUGUGUUCUUCAGAAUCCAAUGUAAAUUCUCCGACAAUUGAAAGCAUAAAAAUUGUACUGACGGAUGCAAACGUAGGAGGCAUACCAAGUGAGGGUGAUGAGGCCAUGCAGGUUAGCACAGAAAUAAAUACAGAUAUUUCUUUAAGUAACCCAGAUUUUGAGGAGAGAACUGUACAGGAUAAUAUAGCUGACAGUGAGUCCACACCAAAACAAGACAAAUUCAUUAUAGAAAGUGCUCCUUCCUCCACAUUAAUUGAUGUUAAAAGUGAUGCUGAUGUGGUUAAAGGUUGUGAAACUACAGAAAUAACUAAAGAUAGUCCAGACCAACAAGUCAUUCCUCAAGAAUGUUCUGUCCACACAAAUGAAUCUCCUAAAACUGAGCAACCACAUUGUCUUUUGUCCAUUAUGGAUAGUUUGCUCCCUCAGCAAGGUCAAGAUGUGCAAAAUUUUAGCCAGUCUGCCAAGAUGGAGGCAGAGGAGAAUGCUGAGGAAAAGGCAGAGCAGCAAGAAAUUCCACAAAGAAUUACAAGAAAUCGAGCCAACAUGUUGGCUAACCAGAAUAAGCAGGUCCAGACAAAUUAUUUUCAUUCCUCUGAUAAGGAGACCGUUGAGUCUAUGUCUUUGAGAGGGAGGAUACGCCUGACAGAAGAUGAUGAUGAUGUGCAAGUGCAUCAUCCACGCAAAAGAAAGAUGGCUCGUGCUUCUCAACCUGGACUUGCCAAUUCCUCUGUAAUGCAAGCAAAGGAAAAAACGCAGCAAUCUCUGGCAGCUGUUGUUGACUCAUUAAAACUGGAUGACAUUCAACCAUACCAAACAGAAAGGGCAAAUCCAUAUUUUGAGUAUCUACAUAUAAGAAGGAAAGUAGAGGAAAGACGUAAAAUGCUGUGUAGUGUUAUUCCACAAGCACCGCAAUUCUAUGAUGAAUAUGUGACCUUCAAUGGGUCAUACCUUUUGGAUGGAAAUCCUUUCAGCAAACUCUGUAUUCCAACUAUUACACCUCCUCCAUCUCUCGCAGAACCACUGAAGGAGCUCUUUCGCCAGCAAGAGGUUGUUCGAAUGAAACUUCGGUUACAGCACAGCAUUGAAAGGGAGAAGCUCAUUGUGUCUAACGAGCAAGAAGUUUUGCGUGUCCAUUACAGAGCAGCAAGAACCCUGGCCAACCAGUCCCUUCCAUUCAGUGCAUGCACGGUGUUGCUGGAUGCAGAGGUGUAUAACGUUCCACAAGAGUCUCAGACAGAGGAUGGUAAAGCAUCCGUGCGAGAUCGUUUUAACGCGAGGCAGUUCAUGUCUUGGCUGCAAGAUGUUGAUGAUAAAUUUGAUAAACUAAAAACAUGCCUUCUCAUGAGACAGCAACACGAGGCGGCAGCACUAAACGCAGUUCAGAGAUUGGAAUGGCAACUCAAACUCCAGGAACUUGAUCCCGCUGCAUACAAAUCUGUCAGCAUAUAUGAAAUCCAAGAAUUUUAUGUCCCUUUAGUGGAAGUCAAUGAUGAUUUUGAAUUGACACCUAUAUGACAAUGUCACAUUCUGCAGCUAUUUAAAAGACUUCCUCAGUAAGCAAGGCUGCAGAAAUUGGAUCAUGUACCGCAAUUUAAGGCCAUGCCUCUUCUAACAUAAGAAAUGUUUCUCUAAGGAUGUCGGAAGGUCAAGAGCACACAGCCUUCAGCUCUUAUGAAGCCAAACCCAUGCAUGUGCAAAUGCGGGAAUUUCUGGCAUUUAAAUAAGGCCAUUUUUUAAACAAGGACAAAAAUUGUGCUGGUAAGUUGCCCGGUCACCUUACAUUGCACUUCUAGCUACUGUUGGUGGAAAGGGGAUAAUCUGCAGCGCAGGAAUCUGCACCAGAAAAGCAGCCAUGCUACAAAUAGAAUUAACUUUAAGAUGCACAACACCGUUGCACUUCUCCCCCUGCUAUUAGUGGUGCAUGAAGUGCUUUGCACGCCAGUGUAUGGCAGUUCAGUGCCACAGGAAUCGGCAGAAGCGCAAUGGAUAUUCUAUCCCCGCUCUCCAACAAGGGUUACAUGUUACAUGAUACUAGUGCUCUGAAAACUUUAAGUGCUCUAAAUCCUUUGCAAUGUAGGAAGAUUCCGCGUGUAAUUUGAACAGAUGUAAUAUUGUCUUAUUUUAAAUAACUUAUUUUAUAUAUAAAAUGUGCAUUUGUAAAUAGUAUUGUAAUUAAAUGUUGAAAUUGUACAAACCCUAGAUAUUUUAUGUGUAAGCUGUUUUACGUCGGAUGUUUUUUUUUUUUUUUUUGGACCAAAGUUGUCUUUUGUUUUUAUUUGUAAAGUGAUGUAUGUGUCAAUGUUGCAAGUAGAAGCAUGAUCAGGGCCUGAGACAGCCUGACUACAAGGUAUUGCAUGCUCCACUCUUUUACUACAGUGACUCUAUUUACAUUUGCUUUCAUUAACCAGCUGAGUGCCACUAAGAGCAUGCAUCAUGCUACAAUGUCCAAUGGCACCAGGAGGGUUAAAAACCCCAAAACAAAUUUAAUUUUAGCCUGCUGUCGAUAAACUUUCAUGCAGAUAAUGUUUUUUGUUUAAACCUUAGGGGAAAAAAACUUUAAAAAAAAAAAUAAGGAAAGCUACUUGUCAAGACAUUGGACUCAAGUUGGCCUAUUUUUAAAAAGCCGCCUUUGAAUGAAAUUCUAAAAUUGUAAAUGUUCUAUUUUAAUAUUUACUUAAAGUUUGUAUAUAUUUCUGUAAAUAUGUUGUUUUAAUAAAUUUUAUUGGUCCUGUUCAGAA